CAAACUGUAAACGCCCCUAACAGCGUCUUAAAAAGCAUCAAGUUUCAUCAGAUUCAUUCGCUUUCCUGCGCGUUUGGAAGAUGGCACGCUACUCAGGUGAGCAGGCUCUUCAGAUGGUCCUGGACAGUGAGGAAGAGUUCACUCUUUCCUCGGAAGAAGAACACGACUCUGACGAUGAACGUCUGCAUUUUGAAGAGCGACUUGAUCCAGCUGAAGAUACAGUUUCUGAUGAGAAUGUGGAUCCAUCACUCUCACAUUCACCUGCAAUUCCCACUAGGAGGGCACGCAGCAACACAGGCGGAAAUGAGAAAGAUGGAGACACUGUGCAGAGGAGGGUGAAAUCACAAGGUACAUGGAGGACAAAGACAUUUCCGUGUCCUGCACCUGUGACUGCAUACAACCAACACAUGGGGGGUGUCGACCUGUCUGAUCAGCUGAUACAAUACCACACAACACAACACAAAACAAUGAAGUGGUACAGAAAGAUCUUUCUACACUUCCUGGACACUGCUGCCACAAACGCUUUCAUUAUACACAAAGACCUAUACGAUACCAUGACCCAUAAAGAAUUCAUAGAACAGCUUAUUGCAGAGCUCUGUGGUGUGUCGUCACAGAAAGCAGCUCCAAAACAGACCAAAAGUGACCAUGUACUGGUUCCAGGAGCAGAGCUGACAUCAGAUGCAAGGAAUAAUGCCACCGCUGGUCGUCGGAACUGCAUGCUUUGCAAAGUACAGCUUGAUUCUCUGUUCACCACCUCUCACUGA